GUUUUCGACCAUAACAACGACUCUGUUAUCGACUUUGAUGAAAUCAAGCGAACUAUGCACUUCCUAGGCGAGGCCGUCACUGAUGAAGAGGUCCGCGCAAUGAUCCGAGAAGCCGACAGGGAUCACGACGAUUUAGUGGAUUACGAAGGUUAG